AUGGGCGACGCCGGCGACGGCGACGAAGAACUCGGUCGGCUACUCGGCCUUUAUAAUGUUCCGGCAGUUGCUGCUGCGCCUCAGCCGCCGGUGGCCCUGCUCUCGGGACAGAGAGGAGCCAAGCGGGAUCUGUCGGCAAUGGUGUCGGCACUGAAGCACGUCAUUGCAGGGGAUCAGCUGCAGGUCGUGUGCUCCGGCAGCUCCUCUUCCCUGCCCGGAGACUCCACCGGUGGGGAAAGGGAGCCGUUGCCGAAGAGUGGGCCGGCUUGGAAAUAUCAUCAAGAAGUCAGCGAUCGACUUAGUCAGUCACCAGCCUCAGUGGCAGCCAGCAUAGCAAGUAAUAUUCCAUCUCCGGCGAAGGCAGAAGGAAGAGGAGGGCCAAGGAAGUACAGAGGAGUCCGGCAGCGGCCAUGGGGGAAAUGGGCAGCGGAAAUAAGAGACCCUCAGAAGGCACAGCGCGUGUGGCUGGGCACCUUUGAGACUGCUGAGGGUGCCGCCCGGGCGUACGAUGAGGCCGCUCUCCGCUUCAGGGGUAGCAAGGCGAAGCUCAACUUCCCAGAGGAUGCCCGACUCCUCCCUCUGGCGGGCACCGCUCCUCCAGCAGCCAGGUAUGCUCCUCCACAUAGGAUGCCGAUGACAUCAUUGCCACCGGCGGCGCCAAAAUCAGCUCAUUCCAAGGAUCCUCCUCAGAAUAGCAGCCGUUAA